UCGCAAAGACAGAUAUAACUUGAAAACAAGCAUGUCGAAAGAGAGCAUUAAGGGGUUAUAUGCUCGUACCAAGCCUUUUAUGUUCAUGAUCUUCUUACAAACCUCGUAUGCUGUUGGUAGCUUAGUUACUAAGUCUGCCCUGAACAAGGGAUUGAAUCAUUACACUUUUGCUGUUUACCGAAACGCCAUUGCAGCUCUCUUCUUCGGUCCUUUGGCUUUCUUCACCGAAAGGAAAGCUAGGCCCAAAAUGACGGUUUCCAUCUUCCUGAAAAUCAUAUUACUGGGAUUACUAGAGCCAGUGAUAGACCAGAACUUGUUCUAUGCUGGAAUGAAAUCUACAACAGCAACUUUCGCGUCUGCUAUGUGCAACAUCCUUCCUGCCAUUACCUUUGUCAUGGCUUGGAUGCUUAGACUUGAGAAUGUGAAGAUGAAAAGUUUACAUAGCCAGGUGAAGAUCAUAGGGACAUUAGUGACGAUUGGUGGAGCCAUGAUAAUGACUCUAAUAAGAGGCCCUGAAGUUCAAUUUCCAUGGACAAAUAAUCAUACUCUUCAUCAUGAAUCUCCAGUUAACACACAAGAUCAGAUUAAGGGAUCUCUCAUGAUCACUGCUGGUUGCAUUUCUUGGGCGAGUUUCGUCAUCCUUCAAGCAGUGACAUUGAAGUCGUACCCAGCUGAUCUAUCUCUCACAUCACUCGUGUGUAUGAUGGGCACAUUAGAAGGAUCCAUACUUACCCUUGUAGUUGAGAAGGCCAAUACCUCAAUCUGGUCAAUUAACUGGGACAUCAAAUUAUUUGCAGCGAUUUAUAAUGGACUAGUAUGUUCUGGAUUCGCAUACUACAUUUCAGGAGUGGUAAUGCAGGAUAGAGGACCAGUAUUUGUGACGGCUUUCAACCCACUUAGCAUGGUUAUAAUUUCCAUGUUGGAGUCUUCUUUUUUAGCCGAGAAAUUGAACUUAGGAAAUAUUGUUGGAGCAAUUGUUAUUGUCCUUGGGCUAUAUUUGGUGAUAUGGGGUAAGAGCAAGGAUCAAAAACAACAAGGUCACGAGCCGUCACUUAAUCAACAAGAGAAUGGAAUGAAGAGACCGAUUAAACAUAAUGUCGAUGUUAUCAAUUCUCAUGGCAAACCAUCUAGUGAUGUUGAAGUAGUUUAGGGAAUUCGCUUAUACAGUAUUUAUCGUUUUUAUCUUAUGAUUAUUACUAUCAUUAGAAGCUUGGUGAAACUGUCACACCCCGUUAAAGUGGAAACAUGAUGGGUGAAAGGCUAAGGUCUCAUAACACAAGCUAAAUAGGAUUACCAACCAUAAUCAUUGAGCAUUUUUAUGUUUACAUCAUAUUCAAAACAAUAUUACAUUUUAGUUCCGUACUACAUAGUCUAGUACAUAACAAGAACAAUAAACAUAAAUCAUUAUGGCGUC